AUUUCCAGCGCGCGAGAGGAAGUGCCUGGGAGAGGGUGCGUGAGGGCGAGGGAGCGCGGCGCGGCGCGGCCGCCGCGUGCGCGAGCCGGGUUGCAGCCCAGUAGGGACUUUCCAGCCGGCGGCGGCUGCGGCGGCGGCGGCGGCGGCCGCCGGCCCUUCCCCGCCCCCCGACAUGGGGCUGCCCGGGGAGCAGGACGCUGCGGACCGCGGCGGAGGACUCGCCCGGCGCCCCUGAGCCGGCCGAGCGGCGCGGACGCGGGUAAGGGACUCCACUACAUUAUCUGAAGAAGAAUAAGGUUGACACUGCUUUGCUUUUUUCUUUAUUGAAGUCUCUUCCUGCCUGAUCAAGUUUAGAUAUAUCUUCUUACAGCAUAUGACACACAGGAUGGAGCCGAGUAAAAAGCUGGACGCGGCCGGCACCCUGCCCGCCAACCCCCCGCUGAAGCUGCACCCCGACCGCGGCGCCGGACCGGCCGUGCUCGUCCCCGAGCAGGGGGGCUACAAGGAGCGCUUCGUGAAGGCCGUGGAGGACAAGUACAAGUGCGAGAAGUGCCGCCUGGUGCUCUGCAACCCCAAGCAGACCGAGUGCGGACACCGCUUCUGCGAGACCUGCAUGGGCGCCCUGCUCAGCUCCUCCAGCCCAAAAUGUACUGCGUGUCAAGAAAGCAUCAUCAAAGAUAAGGUGUUUAAGGAUAAUUGCUGCAAGAGAGAGAUUCUGGCCCUUCAGAUAUACUGUAGGAACGAAGGCAGAGGCUGUGCAGAGCAGUUAGCACUGGGGCAUCUGCUGGUGCAUUUGAAGAAUGAUUGCCAGUUUGAGGAACUUUCGUGUGUCCGUGCUGACUGUAAGGAGAAAGUACUGAGGAAAGACCUGCGUGACCACGUGGAGAAGGCCUGUAAAUACCGCGAGGCCACCUGCAGCCACUGCAAAAGCCAGGUCCCGAUGAUCACGUUGCAGAAACACGAAGACACCGAGUGUCCCUGCGUGGUGGUGUCCUGCCCUCAUAAGUGCAGUGUCCAGACCCUUCUGAGGAGCGAGUUGAGUGCACACUUGUCAGAGUGUGUCAAUGCCCCCAGCACCUGUAGUUUUAAGCGCUAUGGCUGCGUUUUUCAGGGGACAAACCAGCAGAUUAAGGCCCACGAGGCCAGCUCCGCGGUGCAGCACGUCAACUUACUCAAAGAGUGGAGCAACUCUCUAGAGAAAAAGGUUUCCUUGCUACAGAAUGAAAGUGUCGAAAAAAACAAGAGCAUACAGAGUUUGCACAACCAGAUAUGUAGCUUUGAAAUUGAAAUUGAGAGACAAAAGGAAAUGCUUCGAAAUAAUGAAUCCAAAAUACUUCAUUUACAGCGAGUAAUAGACAGCCAAGCAGAGAAGCUGAAAGAGCUGGACAAAGAGAUCCGUCCCUUCCGGCAGAACUGGGAGGAAGCAGACAGCAUGAAGAGCAGUGUGGAGUCCCUUCAGAACCGCGUGACCGAGCUGGAGAGUGUGGACAAAAGCGCGGGGCAGGUGGCCCGGAACACAGGCCUGCUGGAGUCCCAGCUGAGCCGGCACGACCAGAUGCUGAGCGUCCACGACAUCCGCCUGGCCGACAUGGACCUGCGGUUCCAGGUCCUGGAGACCGCCAGCUACAACGGCGUGCUCAUCUGGAAGAUCCGGGAUUACAAGCGGCGGAAGCAGGAGGCCGUCAUGGGGAAGACCCUGUCCCUCUACAGCCAGCCUUUCUACACCGGCUAUUUCGGCUACAAGAUGUGCGCCAGGGUCUACCUGAACGGGGACGGGAUGGGCAAGGGCACGCACCUGUCGCUGUUCUUUGUCAUCAUGCGCGGAGAGUACGACGCCCUGCUUCCCUGGCCCUUCAAGCAGAAAGUGACGCUCAUGCUGAUGGAUCAGGGGUCCUCCCGGCGGCAUCUGGGAGACGCGUUCAAGCCGGACCCCAACAGCAGCAGCUUCAAGAAGCCCACCGGGGAGAUGAAUAUUGCCUCCGGCUGCCCAGUCUUUGUGGCCCAAACUGUGCUGGAAAACGGGACGUACAUUAAAGACGACACCAUCUUUAUCAAAGUCAUAGUGGAUACUUCGGACCUGCCAGACCCCUGACACGUCUCUGGGGAGGCGGAGUGAGCAGAAGGCAACUCCUCUGGGGGGUUUGAACCGGCCGUCUCCACCGAGGUCCUCGCGCUCAGAAAAGGACCUUGUGGAACGGAGGAAGCAGCAGAAGGCGGCCUCGGGCUGGCGGGAGGGGCCACGCGUGAGGGCACACUCAACCCGUUUCCUAACAGACUAGCAACACUUCACUCUGGAGGUGGUUUAGCCUCCGCGAGAUAAACACUGCUGUCAGACAAGGUUUUCGUUUUCAUUUUUAAAGAUCUAGUUAAUUGAGGUGGAAACAUAUAUGCUAAAGAAAAGAACCAUGAUUUCUCUUCCUUAAACUUGAACACCAAAAAAAGGAAAACACACGCGCGUGCGCGCGCACACACACACACACACACACACCUGGGGAUAGCUGGACAUGUCAGCAUGUUAAGUAAAAGAAGAAUUUAUGAAAUAAUAAUACAAUUCUGAUAUAUUCAUUCUAAAAUUCAAGAGUGCAAUCUUGUUUCAAAUAUAGUAUAUUGUCUAUUUUUAAGGCCUCAUCUGGUCUCUUUUAAUAAUUUGUCAGAAGACCCUGAAGUACACCUAGGUCUUUUUUUGAAAGUCUCUAAAUUCAGAAUCAUUUUUUAAUUUAAAGUUCUAAGAUAAUUGUUAACUGCAAACAUUUUAUUUUAAAACGUUGACAGACUGAUACUUCUUGGAAGAAAAUGUAAACUACUAAACACUGGUUAUCACUUGUGACAGGAAAGAGAAUAUCCAAGCCGUGGUCAUUUCUCGUGCGAAGUGCGGCCGUCACGGUGCGCCGUGGCGAGUGGGCGCCGCUUCGCGUGGUCACGAGAGGAGACUCGCUCGUGGAUGCUGUGCAUCACGCUCACGUGUAUAAUCGUUCUCACCCUAAACUAGGGCACUCGCUGAACUCUGGAGUUCCGGACAAGAUCCUGUAGGCUUUUAAAGUUCUGCCCCCUGUGUUCAGACAAGCUCUCUACUGCUGACAGCGCCGACCUUCCGCGUCCGGUGUCCGGGGGUGGGCAGGUGACCUGUGCUGAAGGAGGCCACAGCAGGUGUGUUUCUUCAUCCUGUCAUGUUGCUGCAUCUGUUAACAGCCUUUGUGUAGAGGUGGUGGCAUACUGUACAUGUGCCUUAGAUGGGACACGCUGCUUCUCGACCCCAGCUUUGUGUUCACUGUAACUCCAGAAGGUGAGGGUUCGGCCAGACUUUUCUCUUGACCACUAGACCUUUGCCUCUUCGAGGGCCCUCAGACAGCCCUGUACCUGCUGAGGCAGCCGGGCCCCGUCGUCGGCUUCUGGAGCCUCCACUGCUUCAUCAUCCCAGGUUCCAAAUCUCUAGGCCCCAAAAGCGAGCCGCCAGGUCCGAGCGCAGGCAGGGGCGGGCGGAAGCUGGGGGCGCCCACGCUGCCCGCCUGCCGCGGGGCCCGCUGAGCAUUCCAGAGGCCGCCGCCCUGGGGGCCUCCAGGCUGAGCCACGGGCGUCCCGGGGCCGCCCCUCUCUCGGGAAGGGUGGUCUUGGGGCGUGCGGUCCCAGCCUGCGCCUGCCCGGGCGGCGUCUCUCACCCCGUUUACCUUCUCUCAAUGGUCCAACUGUGACAGGCGGGGCCCUGCUGCCGGCCCCGCUGUGCACCACGCUCCAUGGGUGCUCUUACCACUGACGGGUGCUACACGUGAUGGGUGCUUCUUAGGCAAACCAGUGUGUGAGAACCUGAACCGCCGCAUCUGUGCCACUCAUCCAGGACGCGCCCACGGCUGGCCAGCUGGGCCGCGCGCCUCAGACUGCCUGCCUCGGGGCUCCCCGUGGCCGCGCGGGGACGGCGGGGCGGUGCCCGGUGGCCCCGUGUCUCUGGUGCUGCCCUCCGCCCUGGGUGUGCCUUCGCCCCAGUGCCUGCUGGAAGCACCUCCUCGCCACCGCCGUCCCCGCGCUUCCAUAAGUGACCUCAUGGGUUCCGAGCAGCUGCCGCCCGCCCCCCCCCCCCGCCGCCGCCGGCAGUUAGAAUGCUUGUCCUCAUCUCCUUUCCUUUCCCAUCCCCCCACCCAGGAAUCGCUUUGAGGGCGAAUCCGUGUCAUCGGUUCUGCCCAGUAAGGAGUCGCGUGUCCCCGCACACAGAGGAGGGCCUGCUGCGGGACCGCUGUCCCCUCGAAGGUGCCCAGACCUCCCCAGGCCUGGACCCGGUUCUGCCCUGGAGACCCCGGGGGUGGGAGGCGGCCCGCAGUCCCCUCCUGGCCUCAGAUGGCUUUCCGUGGCCAGGGCUUACCAACAGGGACCGCCCCGCAACCUCCUCCCCCUUCGCGAAGAGUACAGACAAUACUCACGAAUUGAGGGUAAGCAACACCCUGGUCUGGUGGGAAAAAACCAGCGUUCUCUCCCCUGGGUUGGACUCCUUUUGGGGGUGGGCCACCUGGCAGCACCCCGGAAACAUCCGUCCCUUGGUGGGGGGACUUCCCCAGUAGCUCCUCCCCGUGGCCGCCGCCCAGGAGCCCGCGGACCCGGCUUCAUUGUCCCCCAGGAGGAGGCUGCGAGGUGGCAGGAGCUUCCGUCAGCACACACCUCCCUGGUGCCCGCGGGCCGUGCAGGGGAGCGGCCCUCGCGUGGCUCCAUCCUCACGUUUGGUGCUCCCGCCACCGGCCAGCCCGCCCUCCCGCUGCCAGGGCCCCAGCACAAGUGACGGGUGUCGUGUGCACUUUUCCGUUUACUCAAAGUGACAAAUUCCCCACAGAACACAACCGUCCCAGUGCUUUAGAGGAGCCCACGCCCAGCCCCGCGCAGGGUAGCCC